ACACUGGAUUGUCACCCUGGAUUUUUUAUACUUAUUUGGAUCUUCAUUUUUGGCACUUGGGAAGGAGAGUUGAUUCAUCACUGAGGAACAAUGUUUCCUUAAUACUGCGCGAAGGGAGCAAGUGCACAUGCAGAAGGUGGGGGUAAGGAGAGAAAGAGACCUCCGGUGAAUCGAUAAUCCAGGUGCAAUACAGUAGGUGACCUUAAUGGUGAUCACAAACUAAGCUACCAAGAAGAAUAAUCAAGGCCAAGAUGGAAUUGCGGUUGGGAGUUAGGGCUUCCUUGGUCCUGCUCAUUCUGGCCCUAACCCUCUCAGGAGAAAGGGUUUAUGCCCAAAGGGCAGGGUGCAAAAAUGUAAAUUAUGACCUGGUGUUCAUUCUGGAUACCUCCUCCAGCGUGGGAAAGGAGAACUUUGAGAAGAUCAGACAGUGGGUGGCUAACCUGGUGGACUCGUUUGACGUGGGCGAGGAAAAGACACGCGUCGGUGUGGUCCGUUACAGUGACAGGCCUACUAUAGAGUUUAACCUAGGGAGAUUCAAGACAAUGGAGGAGGUGAAACGAGCCGCCCGCAACAUCCGCUACAUUGGAGGGAAUACAAUGACUGGGGACGCUAUCAGCUACACGACCAAAAACAUCUUCACCGAGCGGGCCGGGGCCAGGCCUGCGGCCAAAGGCAUCCAGAAGGUGGCCAUUCUCGUGACAGACGGCAGAAGCCAGGAUUACGUUCUAGAACCUUCCAAGGAAGCCGCUAAGGCAGGGAUCCGCAUGUUUGCAGUGGGCAUCGGGGAGGCACUUAAGGAAGAGCUGGAGGAGAUCGCGGCGGAGCCAAAGAACGCCCAUGUUUUCCAUGUGACUGAUUUCAAUGCCAUCGAUAAGAUCAGAGGCAGACUGAGGAGGAGGCUGUGUGAGAAUGUACUGUGUCCAAACAUGAAGGUACAACCAGACCGUUUCAAACCCAACAGCACCAGUUAUGGACUUCAGGAGGUUCCAGGAUUUGACCUCAUGGAUUACUUCAAAGUUGAUGACGUUUUGGGAACAAGAGUCGACGAGGGUCAAAGCUCCUACGUUCGUCUGGGGACCAUGCCCAUUGUACAGCAAACAGAAGAUGUAUUCGCCCAAGGCCUACCAGAUGAAUAUGCCUUUGUGACAACAUUCAAAUUCAGAAAGACCUCACGAAGGGAAGAUUGGUACCUCUGGCAGAUUUAUGACAAGUAUGGUAUUCCUCAGGUGUCUAUCCGUCUCGACGGUGAAAACAAGGCAGUGGAAUACAAUGCUGUAGGAUUGACCAAGGAUGCAGUGAGAGCUGUGUUUAAGAAUUCAGAAGUGGACAACCUAUUUGACCGCAACUGGCACAAGAUCGCUCUCAGUGUAGAGGCGAAGCAAGUGACCCUCUUCCUGGACUGCAAGAAAAUCCAGACAUUGCCCAUAGAAGACAGGGAGGAUAUCGACAUCCAAGGGAAGACUGUCAUUGGAAAGAGGCUGUACGACAGUGUACCAAUAGAUUUUGACCUCCAGAGGAUGAUGAUCUACUGUGAUUCCAAGCAUGCCGAGUUGGAGUCCUGCUGUGAUCUGCCCACUGGGCCGUGCCCCAAGCAGGUGGUGACAGAGGCACCCCCUGUGCUGAUUCCCACCCCCACCCCCACAAGUGGGGAGCAAAAAAGAGGACCCGAAGUCAAUUGCUCCUGUCCCGCUGGUGAAAGGGGAGCGAUCGGUGUACCUGGCAUUGCAGGUCUCAAGGGUGAAAAGGGUGAUACUGGCAGUUUAGGCCCAGCUGGACCUCCUGGCCUGAACGGACAAAAAGGAGAAACUGGCAAAGUUAUCUCUGUCAAGGGUGACAGGGGUCUCAAGGGUGACAGUGGCAGUAAGGGCUCAUUAGGUGAUAAAGGGCAAAAAGGAGAGAAGGGAACCAGUGGAGUAGCUGGAUUUGCUGGAAAACAGGGCGAGAGAGGCACCAAAGGUGAAGCUGGGGCUGCAGGUGACCCAGGUUUGCCUGGCCCAUUGGGACCAAAGGGAGUUCAAGGAGAUUCUGGACCUAUUGGCACACCUGGACCCAAAGGUGUUUCUGGGACCAGUGGUGUGAAAGGAGAAAAAGGAACAUCAGGAACAAGGGGAGAUGCAGGUCUGGAUGGAUUGCCUGGAAAGCCUGGUGUUUCUGGUAAAGAUGGUUUGAGAGGACUGAUUGGUACACCUGGGCCCAGCGGCAUCAAAGGGGAUAAGGGAGAGAGGGGCCUGGCCGGGUUACCUGGAGAUGUGGUUCAAAGAGAAGGCUUGAAAGGAGAAGCUGGGCCCCCUGGCCCUGCUGGCCCCCAGGGACGAGACGGACCCCCAGGGCCUCCUGGUGAACCUGGACGAUUAGGCUUACCUGGUGAGCCUGGAGAGUUUGGACAAAGGGGAAAGAAAGGAGAGAGUGGAUUACCAGGUGUUGAUGGCCUACCUGGAUCCCCUGGUGCUCAGGGUCCUCCAGGGCAACAUGGAAACCCUGGACAAACAGGUCCACCUGGUCUACCUGGUGAAAUUGGAUUUUCUGGUAAACCAGGGGAGUCAGGAAAAGCCGGUUUGCCUGGUAAAGAUGGCCUGGAUGGUUUUCCAGGAAAUGAUGGGGCCAAGGGAUCUCAGGGAGAGUCUGGAACAGAUGGCUUCCCUGGUAAAUCUGGACCUAAGGGUGAUGAUGGACCUCCUGGCCCCAGAGGGCCUCCAGGAGAGAGGGGAGAGGGGGGUCUACCUGGACAGCAAGGUGUUGCUGGGCCAAGAGGAGAGAAAGGAAGCCAGGGUGACAGGGGAAAAGAUGGUUCUUUCGGGCCAAAAGGUGACAAAGGAGACAAGGGUGAUACAGGAUCCAGAGGGGCUCCUGGGAUACCAGGAAACGUUGCCAAUGUAAUUCCUGAGCCUGGUGAACCAGGUAAACCUGGAGAGCAAGGUGUAAAGGGAGAACAAGGAAAACCAGGAGACUUGGGUCCACGAGGGUUGCCUGGUGAACAAGGCUUUAAGGGACUGCCUGGGUCUCAGGGUCCGAAAGGUGACAUCGGCCCCAAAGGCGAGACAGGGCGAGUGGGAGAUCCGGGUCCGCCUGGUUUGACUGGUUCUCAAGGCUCUCGCGGACUACCAGGCAACGUGGGAAUCCCUGGAACCCUCGGGCCUCCUGGCCUAGCAGGACAAAGAGGAGACAGGGGAGAGCUGGGAAAGGAAGGACGCGCAGGCCCCCCGGGGGCCCCUGGAGAGCCUGGUGUAGUCGGACCUCCUGGGCCACCGGGGAAGGGAAAAGACGGACUGAAUGGGGAACCUGGACCACUGGGAAUCCAAGGACCUCCUGGACUUAAGGGUCAACCUGGAUCACAAGGACUGCAGGGGUUGCCAGGAGACAGGGGUGCCCAAGGAGAAGGCAAAGUUGGCCCCCCGGGAGCCCCAGGGCCCAGAGGAGAACUUGGAUCUCAGGGCAUGAGAGGACCCACCGGGGUUGCUGGUCCUCAGGGUCCUGCAGGUCACAACGGCUUGCCAGGAAGACCAGGGGACAAAGGACCUCAAGGAGAGCCGGGGAAGGCAGCAGACUUGUCCGAUUUGAAUCUGAAGGAUGUGUGCUCAGACUGUCCCCCAGGCCCCGCAGGCCCCCCUGGGCUCCCAGGAGCCCCCGGAGACAAAGGACACACAGGACCCCCGGGGAAAAACGGACAAGAUGGCUACCAAGGCCAGCCGGGCCCUAGCGGCCCCCCGGGCCCCUCAGGAGCUGAUGGAACCAAGGGUGUGAAAGGAGAUCGAGGCCCUGGAGGAGCACCAGGAGACAAAGGUGAAAAGGGACACACAGGACCCCCUGGGCACCCAGGACCUGCUGGCAUUGCGGGCCAACCUGGUGCAGACGGCCAGCCUGGACCCAUUGGCUCCCCAGGAUCCCCCGGAGAAAAGGGCAAGGAGGGCCUCAAAGGCAUCCAGGGACCUCCAGGUCUGCCAGGGUUGAUGGGAAUGGCUGGGAAAAUGGGCAAAGAUGGCCGACCAGGGGAACAGGGAGAGCAUGGUAAGCAGGGUGAACCCGGACCCCCAGGCAACAGUGGACUCAGAGGACUGCCUGGCUUCAAGGGCCACAGAGGAGAACCUGGGCAGCCAGGGUCAAAGGGUGAAGAUGGAAAACAGGGACUUCCUGGUCGGGAGGGCUCACCUGGAAAAGACGGUAACCAGGGAGCCUCAGGACCAGAGGGCCUCAUGGGUCCAAGAGGAGAAUCGGGCAAACCAGGUGAACCAGGUCCAUCAGGGAAGCCUGGAUCUCCUGGAACUCCAGGUCCAUCCGGAGUGAAGGGAGAGCCUGGAAACCCUGGAUUACCAGGCUUUAGUGGGCCAAAAGGACCUGCGGGUCCAUCUGGUCCCAUCGGCCCAGAGGGAAAGCAGGGGAUGCCAGGCAGAGUGGGUGAUCGGGGUAUCAAAGGAGAGAGGGGCGAUUCGGGUACCAAAGGAGAUAAAGGCCCCACAGGAGACCCAGGUAUGCCUGGUAACCCCGGAACCCCCGGCCGCAAGGGCCACACAGGGAUGAUGGGCAUGUCAGGACCCCCUGGAGACUCGGGCCCCAAUGGGCCUCAAGGAUCACCAGGAAACCCAGGUCUUCCAGGCCCAAGAGGAGAGUCGGUGUCACUGGAGCAAAUGAGACGACUCAUACAGGAAGAACUGUCAAAGCAGUUAGAUGCCAAAUUGGCGUACCUCAUGGCCCAGGUGCAGCCAGCCCAUGUGAAGAGCACAGCCGGUCGCCCGGGACCGCCCGGACCCUCAGGCAAAGACGGCAACCCUGGGCGAGCAGGGCCCCCCGGGGAGCCCGGCAUGCCUGGCCAGAACGGAGGAGACGGCAUCAGGGGACCCCUGGGCCCUAAAGGUGAGAGAGGAAGCAGAGGAGAAAAAGGAGAAGUUGGAGUUGGACAGAGAGGAGAGAUUGGUCCGGCUGGUCCCAUAGGGCCUGCUGGUAUGCCAGGCUACAGUAAAGACGGGAUGCCAGGGGCGGCAGGAACUCAGGGAGAGCCCGGGAACCCAGGACCCCACGGGCAGCCUGGGCCCACGGGACCCCCUGGCCAGUGUGACCCUUCACAGUGUGCCUACUAUGCCAGCCUGGCAUCAAGACCUCACACCAAAAAUGUCAAAGGGGCCUAAAGAACACACACACACACAGACAUCUUCAAGUCCAGCUAUUUAUGAACUGAGACUUGUCGGUAUGAAUCAAGAACUUUUCCCUUUUUAAAGAAGGCAGUGGGAACCUCUUCUGUUCAGAGGGCUCCAGCCAAUGUGCUGCCGGUCAGAUAGUUGUUUUUAUUUUGUUGGGGGUGGGGGUUGAGGGGGGGGGAGGUAGGUUGGGUAAACUGGAAUAGGGUUUGUUUGGGCAUUAUCCAAAUAGACUCUGUGUUUGCUCUCAGGCUUGCUGGGAGACUGUGUGGGAGCACUGUUAAAUAACGGUUUCUUGAUGUCCUGCAAAUGAUGCCAUGAUGACUUUGUCAUUGUCUCAGUUUAAUCUGUCCUCAUCUUGCAAUAGCAAAUUCAGCAAUUGAUUUACUUUAGGAUAUCAGUCAGUGCUCACCAAUGAAUGCAUCGCUAAGAUGCUCCAUCGGAAUCAGCUUGUAAUUAUCCAGUCAAGGCAAAUUAUCUACCCUAUUCUUAUUGAUGGAGUUUGCCUUUAGGGAAAAUGAGGUGUGAGGCCCAAUCUUCAAAUAUCAAUAGUGUUUUAAACUAAAAGAUUUAAUGAGCAUGUGGUUGGUGCUAAAUAACUUAGUGUGUGUGUUUUGUUUUCGUUGUUGCCAGGAGUGCAGUUAUCUGGGAUAAUGAUAGCCUUUUAUUUCUGAAUGCUGAACCCUCAUGGCUGGUUGGCUAUAGGACAUGAGUGUUCAGUAGCUCUUUCUUGGGACUCAAAAAGUGACUAGUUUCCUUUUUAUACUUGUAUUUGCAGUGUUUGUUGAGUGUGAUACAAUUUGCCGUAAACAUUUUCAUUGGGAAGGACCUAACGCUCCACGCUAUGUGCCUUUGUCCCGCCCCCAUUUUCGCUUCAGUGAAUGUAUCUCUGUCCCAGUAAAAAGUCUAGAAAAGGUGCUAAAAACACACCCUUUGUUACCCUUCAGUUAUCCCUCAGAAGCUGUGUCAAACUAUAGUUUCUCCCAACAGGUCACUUCCCCUCCAUGUUAGGGGCGUGUGUGGCUUGACAACCAACCCUCUGUGGGAACAGACGUGCCACAAUUGCUGGUAGCUGGAAAUAAAUAAAGACAGUGUUACCCAUCGUUACUCGUUAAAAGCAAGCUAUAUUUAGAAAAUGCUGCUUGUAUUUUGAGCUCAUAGGUCAGCAGGUAAACAAUGUGAAGGAACUCUUUGUCGUGUCCCGAGUGGACCAAUUAAACUGAACCUCCUGGAAAAAACUGCUACGUCGUGGUGUAUUUGAAACCAUGGGUAAUCCAAGCAAGAGUAUUCAAUGUGUCUUCAAAUAACAGAACAUUUAAAUUGUGAAUUGAUAUCUAGGAUUUGGCCUUUUCUAGGGUUCCCCAUAAACAAGAAAAUGCCAACUAACCUAAAAUUGAGACGUGCAUACUGUAGUGUCUACUUGUGUUUUUUAACGAACUGCCUUUCAUGUCUUACAAUACCUUACAAUCUCUAAAUUCUAUUUUACUUUGGCUACAUUGUAAUGGACAUAAGAUAUUCCUGUGUGCGCAAUCUUAUCACGCACCUAAAGAUAUGCAAUACACCGGAAAAUGUAGCCUGCGUCUGGUUGUGUCGGGAGCUUGCAUAAAGUUACAGUUAAUACAUCUAGAGAAGACAGAAGUUGAUGUUCAGAUUUAUUUGGAAACAUUUGUAUGUUCAUACGCUACUGCAAAUGGCUUUGCUAAUGAUAAUGCUUAUGACUUCCACCAACAAGCAAUCAUCACAGAUGUUUCUGUGCUCCAAUCAAUAAUUUUAUAAUUGUAGUAUUUUUUCCCUUUUUCAUAUAUACCUUUAAUUACUCUAAACAACUGUAUAAAACUGAUGUAGGUUUUUGUUAAGUUAUACUGUUAAAUUAUUCACAAUGUUAAAUACCAGUACAAGCAAUAUGAAUGAUUGGCGCCUGGUAAUUCAUACUUGUAAAUCCCAUGGAAUUGGUGCUUAAAUAGUCUAAAUUUAUGUUUGAUAUAUUUGUACUUUUUGGAAGGGUAUACACAUGUACUGUACUGUAUAUUGUAAUAAAGACUGGAACAGA